AUGGAAUUUUCCAAUAAUGAAAAUCAAACCGAAAAAGAUAUUCCAAUUAUUUAUCAAUUAAAUCAAGAAGACACAAAUUGGUUGAUGACGUCGUCCUUCAUUAUUUUCACUAUGCAAACGGGAUUCGGUUUAUUGGAGUCGGGUUGCAUAUCUUUAAAAAAUGAGGUUAACAUCAUGAUGAAAAACGUUGUUGACAUAGUGCUCGGAGGAUUUACGUAUUGGCUCUUUGGAUAUGGACUCAGUUUCGGAAGAGGAAAAUACACAAAUAGUUUUAUCGCCUUUGGAGAUUUUGCCAUAGAUGCAAACGUCGGGGAUCCUCUCAUGGGAGCAAAAUUGGCGGCAUUCAUUUUUCAAUUAUCUUUUGCCACGACUGCAACAACAAUCGUUUCCGGAGCCAUGGCCGAACGAUGCAAUUUUAAAGCGUAUUGUUUAUUUUCAUUUCUUAACACCGUGGUUUAUUGCGUGCCCGCCGGAUGGGUUUGGGGAGAACACGGUUUUUUAUAUAAACUGGGAGUCGUCGACAUCGCCGGAUCGGGACCCGUUCAUGUAGUGGGCGGGAGUUCAGCUUUUGCUUCGGCAUUCAUGUUGGGACCCAGAUUGGGACGUUAUUUAAAAGGAAUGGAAUCUUUACCAUUAGGAAAUCCCAUAAAUUGUUGUAUGGGACUAUUCGUUUUGUGGUGGGGUUGGUUGGCUUUCAACUCUGGAAGUACUUAUGGGAUUUCCGGAUCGAAAUGGGAAUUUGCGGCCAAAGCGGCUGUUAAUACCAUGUUAUCUUCGUUCAGCGGAGGAUUGUUUGGAUUAAUUUACUCUCUCGCUUUUCAAAAUGGCAACAUUGACAUACUUCAUCUGAUAAAUGGAGUUUUGGGAUCCCUCGUUUCCAUUACGGCGGGUUGUUAUUUGUACACGGCUUGGGAAUCAUUAAUAAUCGGCUUUGUCGGAUCAUUUUUAACAAAUGUUAGUACGCCGUGGUUCAUACAUUUAGGACUUGACGACCCCGUGAGUGCUACGUCCGUGCACGGAUUAUGCGGUCUUUGGGGUGUCUUAAGCGUUGGAAUUUUUGCCAGAAGCGCUGACCCUUUACCCACGACGAGGGGAAGAAACGGACUUCUCUACGGCGGAGGAUGGUACCUUCUCGGAGUUCAAUUUUUAGAAUGCAUUUGCUUGUCUGCCUGGGCCAUAGUCACGACUUUGAUAUUGCUUUGGGUGGUUAAUCUGGUGUUACCCAUAAGAAUGAAGGAACACGAAGAAUUGAUAGGAGCCGAUUUGGUGGAACAUUAUAUUCAUCACAAAAGCGUCGGUAUCGAGGAUGUACUCAAGGUAUUAAGCGUACACGAUGAAGAAUUGAAAAUAUACUACGAAGUUCCGGAAACCGGAAACAAUCCGGGUCACGAGGCUUUUCUGAACAAAAAAUACGUUCAAGACGUUCACAAGAGUAAUUUAAAAAAAAAUAAUUUGCGACUCAGCCAUUUGAAUUUAUUCGGACCGAGUAGAAAAAUAAAAACUUCGGAUUUUGAAAUCGAUAAAAAUAUAAACGAAGGUCGGAUAAUAAAAACAGAUUCGUAA